AUGGACGCAUUCUUCUUAAUGGAUGAUCCGAAUACCCGAAAACAGUUAGUCGGGUCGCUAGCUCAAGCUUUCAGAUGCGUUUAUGUUUGUCUUUGGUCUUACUAUUUUCCUCGACCUUCUAACUAUCUGAUUGCAAUGGAUGGAUAUUACAAUGAAGCUUCUGAAGAACCUUCUUCUUCUUCUUCUGGAGGUUUAGCUAGAAGCUUGUUCCUUGAGUAUCGCCAAUCCGUUAUCCCUCUCCAAAAUGGGCAUGUACCAAGCAUGGCGAUCAUGAACAAUCUUCCAUACGUAGAGAUUCCACAACAAGAGAUUCAAAGACUUGCUUAUAACGACGCACAACGUCUCUUCUAUCAGGAAGCCAAGAUUCAGACGGUGAUAUUCAUGGGUUGCCGGAGCGGCGAGAUCGAACUCGGAAUGACCUAUGAUGCUACAAAUAUGAAGAUAGAAGCAAGUCUUCGAGAAUGGUUCCCUGAAGAUUUCAAUAGAAACUCUUCUCCGGUCAACUCCGUCGACCAUCUCCGGCCACCGCCUCAUCCGUCUUCAUCUUCUUCUUCUCUUAGUCCCAACAACAUCUCCGAAUACUCCUCUCUUUUAUUCCCACUCAUCCCUAAACCUUCGACGACCACUGACGCCGUUAACGUUCCGGUACAUCCACUGUUAGCUCCGACCAACAUGAUCCACCACCAACUACAGCAACAAGAGCCUUUGUUCCGUAACCGCCAACGUGAGGAAGAAGCAAUGACACAAGCUAUCUUAGCGGUUUUAACGGGACCAGGACCAGGACCAGGACCAUCAAGUCCUCCGUCUACCUCUUCCUCGCCGCUACGUAAAGGAAGAGCCACCGCUUUCAAGAGAUAUCACUGCACGAUUAGUGGCGGAGGUAGAGGACCGCCGCAGUCUAGUGUGCUGAAGCAAGGCAUGAUGAAAAGAGCGGUUUCUUUUUACAGUAGGCUUAACAUUCACCGGAGAGAGCGUUUAGCUAGGGAAAAUGCUACUACCGGCGGCGAUGGAAGUAGCGGAAGUGGCGGCGGUGGACGUUAUACAAGCGGACCAUCGGCAACGCAGUUGCACCAUAUGAUAUCGGAGAGGAAACGGCGAGAGAAGCUUAAUGAGAGCUUUCAAGCAUUGAGAUCUCUCCUUCCUCCGGGAACUAAGAAAGAUAAAGCAUCGGUCCUCACCGUAGCAAGAGAGCAACUAUCCUCUUUGCAAGGAGGGAUUUCAAAACUACUAGAGAGAAAUCGGGAGCUAGAGGCAAAGCUAGCCGGAGAAAAAGAGAUUGAAAACGAUUUACAACCCGAUGAGAGGUUUAACGUUCGUAUAAGGCAUGUACCCGAAUCAACAUCUAGAGAAAGGAUUUUGGAUCUAAGAGUUGUUCUAAGAGGAGACAUCAUUAGGGUUGAAGAUUUGAUGAUAAGACUUCUCGAAUUCUUGAAGCAAAUCAACAAUGUCAGCUUAGCAUCAAUCGAAGCUCAGACUCAAGCUAGAGCAGAUGGCGAUAGUUCAAUUGUUCUUGUGAGCUUAAGGCUCAAGAUUAUUGAGGGUGAAUGGGACGAAUCAGCCUUCCAAGAAGCAGUCAGAAGGGUUGUUGCUGACUUGGCUCACUGACAACAAGUUUGAUUAUUUCCUAACUAUAUAUAUACUUUAUAACUAUGAUUUUUAUUCUCCUCUUUUUGCACUUACAAAAAU